AUGAUAUCGAUGCCCUUUGUGCUUGUGGAGGACGCCGAGCUAGAUGCAGAACAAAGAGCUCGCCUCAAAGAGUACGCAAAUGAAAUACUUGGUACAACAUUAACGGAUUGGAAAACUUUUUGCGAAAAAACAAUCAAGGAGCCUAAAAUAGAUCCUACAUAUCGUCGAAAACCCAAGAAAACUGCUGAAGAACGCAAAGCAGAGGCUCAAUUGAGAAUGAUGAAUGUGGAGCUGAAAAAGAAAAAAGGGCAAGCAAAGAUUGCUAAGCUACCGGAGCAGUACCCGGAAUUGACACCGUUGAUGGCAGACAAAAUGAACCAACUGAAUUUGACAAAACAGCAGCAGGACAGUUUCGCGACUAUCACGAGGACCUUGGACGACGACCACAAUUUGUUAUGGAGUGGUGACAUGCAUGCCGGUUGUAAUAAGAUUUUUAUUGGAAGUGAUCAGGGAAGAUUCUUCGCCGCGAAGUGCCAUCGAAGGUUGAUGAACGGCUUGAUAAUAAAGCGGGACAAAGAAGACGUUGAAGUGCGAAUAACUUGCAACGAUGUCAUCAUGUUGUCGUCAACUUUGAUAAGAUUUCAAAAUACCGUCGUAAGAAGACGAGUGAAGUGGAAUCGGCACAUUUUACCCACACAUAGAUACCAAACUGAAGUCGUCAUCUAUAAUGGAUGGAUCGAUGAUGGUUUCCCGAAAGAUUUGAAAGCACUUAAUUCCUUAAUUUCAUCUAUAGCUGCAGACAGCAGAAGAUCAACAAUUUUAAUCGGAAAAUCGAUCGACGCUUCAUGUGAGCUAUUCUGGAUGAUGAUUCUCGUCGUCAAAGCAGUGAUGGGUAAAGCCACAGCAGCUCGUCUCACGUCUAUUUUGGAAGCAUGCAUAAAUGAUCAACAAUUGGCGGACCGAGUACCACAAGGAGGAAAUAAAAGUCAAUGCACGACUCUAUGGGCGACCAUACCUGAGAGUGAUGUACUGUAA